UCUGCAGGGAGAGAAGAGAGAAAGUCAGUGAGAGCAGAGACGGAGAGACAAACCACAGCAACACCAGGAACAACAAAACCAAGAGAACCAAGGGAACCCAGGGAACCCAGCUCCUCCUGCAGACGGCUCAUUGGUUUAUAUCUUCAGGAUGACUUCCUGUCUGUGGACCCUCCUCUUCCUCUUACCUUUAACAUCAUCCUUCAUGGCUGCAGCUCAACCGGCCGGCUGUAAAAUCCGCAUCACUGACAGAGCUCUAGACAUGUUGAAGUCUGAGACAGAGAAGUUUGUAGAAGAAGAGCUCAGUAACAUCAGUAUGCCAGAGAUGAAGGGCAAAGACGGACGCUUCCAAUACACCAUCAAUGAUGUGAAGAUUAACGAGCUGAAUCUGACUCACGCUAACCUUCAGUUCAUCCCUGACAUUGGUUUGAUGUUUGACGUCCAGAACUCAUCGAUCUCUCUGAGUUUCCACCGACGGAUCCUCUACUGGUUCUUCUACGACACAGGAAUCAUCAACGCAUCCGCUGAAGGAGUGAACAUGAACACGGUUCUGAAUCUGAUCAGAGAUGACGAGGGUCGUCUGAAGAUCAACAACAUCACCUGUGACGCCAACAUUGCCAAGAUGAGGGCCAUGUUCAGCGGGACGCUGGGGAAGGUUUAUGGCUUCCUGUCCAGCCUCUUGACCACAGGCAUGCGCUUCCUUCUCAACCAGCAGAUCUGUCCCGCUCUGGACCACGCUGCUCUGGUUCUCGUGAACUCGAUGUUGGACACCAUCCCAGUGAGGUCUGACGUUGACGAGUUUAUCGGCAUCGAUUAUUCUCUGAUUGACGAUCCAGUUGUGACCUCCAGGAGCCUCGACAUGCACUUCAAGGGGAUGUUUUUCGACCUGUCACAGCCAAACCACACGAUGAUGAACCACGCCGUGGAUCCGGUCAUGGGAGAGUACAACAGGAUGGUUUACCUCGCUCUGUCUGAGUACUUCUUUGACAGCGGGAUGACUGCCUACUACAAAGCAGGACUCUUCCAGUUAAACAUCGCCAACGAGAAGAUGCCCAAAGACAUGGAGAUGCUGCUGAGGACCACCUACUUUGGAGCUAUAAUGAUGCUGGACCCGGCUCUGAUCGAGGCCCCGCUCUCUCUGCAGCUAGCCGUCAACUCGGAUCCAAAAACCACCAUCAAGACAUCUGGAGCGACGGUCCUCAUGACGGCCAUCGUCAAGGUGAUGGUGCUGCCUCCAGGUCAGCCUCCGGUCCAGCUCAGCAGCAUGACCAUGGAAGCAAAGUUUAACGCAAAAGUCUCAAUGAAGGGAAAACGUCUGGCUGUUCAUUCUGACCUCCGCAGGUUUAAAAUCUUCUCCAAUCAGUCGGCACUGGAAUCUCUUGCACUGAUUCCUCUUCAGGCUCCUCUGAAGACGAUGCUGCAGAUGUCUAUGGUUCCUUUAAUCAACAACUACACAAAGCGAGGCGUUCAGAUCCCGCUGGCUGAUGGGAUGGAUUUCAUUGAGGAGGUGGUUGAAUAUCACAACGGUUACAUUGUGAUUGGAGCGAAUCUUCACUUCAUCAAAGGACUGAAAGAAAUAGUGGCAGAGAAAAUCCAGAAAGAGACAAACACUGUCUAAAGGUGUAUUUAUCAGUGUGAUAUUAGAAGUCUUCAAACACUAUACAGAACUUUUCUGCAAGGUUGUCAGAAUCUUUAAUGUUGUUAUAAUUUCCAACACCAUGGAGGUUUUUGAAGAGACUGUCUCUAGUAUUUACAGCUCGAUGUUUUUUUUUAAAGAGACCAAAACUUUAUAAAACACACCUCUUUGGUCAUAUUUUAAUCCAAAGUGACAGGACUAGUCCACUGGUAUCACAGUUCAGCUAAGGCUGAUGUUUCCAGACUCCUGUGGUUUGUAGAGGUGUCAGAGUUGCGUUAAUGUCUCUGAUGAACAGACUGAGAGCAGAAGCGUUGACACUUUCUAGAACACAGAAAUACAGAGAUGAUGUUUCUGAUUCCCUCUGUGUCUGGGCUCUUUGGACAGCCUGCAGGACUUUACCUGCAUGUUAAAACAAGAAAUAACCCAGAACUGGUGACUAGGACUUCUAUUUGCUGGCAUCAGAAUCACUGAUGAAUUUAGCCAGCCUUUAAAAGCUGUUGUCAUGACAACCUUGCAGUGCUGUAUAAUUAUAGAUGCUGUAUAUAACUUCCUGUUGUAAAUAAAGUGGUUGACUAAAUAAAGGAAUAAACUAAC